UAUCCCCGCCGGCUGCAGGAUCCCGGCUCGUCCCGCUGUCUCUACCGGCUCUCUUUCUCUGGUCCCGGGAUGGCUCUCUGGCUGGUGGCGGGAUCGGUGCUGGCCGGGGCGCUGCUGCUCGUGUCCCCGGCCGCCGGGGUGGCGAUGCUGGCCGGGCUGGCCGUGUGGCCCCUGCUGGGCCGUGUGGGGCCCUUGGUGCAGGACGCGCGGUUCGCGAUGCGGGCGGCCCGGGUGAAGCGGCAGGUACGCGGGUGGAUGGCCUCCGGGGCCCGGUCCCUGCCCGAGCUGUUUGAGUUGCGAGCCCGGAGUCAGCCCGAGAGACCCUUCCUCCGGUACCGGGAGGAGACUUUGAGCUACGGAGAACUAGAAGCCCGGAGCAACCGAGCAGCCGCCGCCAUGAGGGGAGCCCUAAACCCCGGAGACACUGUGGCCCUGCUCCUGGCCAACGAGCCCCGAUUCCUGAGCGCCUGGUUCGGUCUCGCCAAGCUGGGAGCGGUGGUCGCCUUCCUGAACUGCAACGUCCGGAGAGGGGCCCUGAGCCACUGCCUGAGAGCCAGCGGGGCCCGGGGACUCAUUACCAGCCAGGAGCUGUUUGAAGCCGUCCAGGAGAUUCUGCCCGAACUGCGGGGGAUGGGGAUAAAGAUCUGGGUCAUGGGCCCCGGGGAAUACCCCGAAGACGUCGGGAACCUUCAGAAAAUGAUGGACGAGUCCUCGGAGGCUGAGCCUCCUUCCCAGCCGAGGGUGCCAAGAAACCCAACGGACACCGCCAUCUGUAUCUUCACCUCCGGCACCACAGGGUUACCGAAGGCGGCUCGGAUCAGCCACCUGAAAACCCUGAUGUGCUGCGCCUUCUACCAGCUGUGCUCGGCACACUCUGAUGACAUCAUCUACAUGUCACUGCCCCUCUAUCACAAGUCUGGAGCCCUACUGGGCGUCGGGGGCUGCAUCGGUAUCGGGGCUUCGCUUGUACUGAAGGAACGAUUCUCCGCCAGCCAGUUCUGGAGCGAUUGCCGUAAAUAUAACGUGACUGUGUUUCAGUACAUCGGGGAGCUGUGCCGGUACCUAACCAACCAGCCACAGUGUGCGGACGAGGUCGGGCACCGGGUGCGUCUGGCUGCCGGCAGCGGGCUCCGCCCGGACGUGUGGCGGGAAUUCAGCCGACGAUUUGGUAAAAUUCGGAUCUUCGAGACGUACGGAAUGACGGAAUUCAACAUCAGCUUCUUCAACUACACAGGCUCCCCGGGGGCAGUGGGAAGGGGCAGCUUCCUGUACAAGCAAUUCUGCCCCUUCGAUCUGAUCAAGUUUGACACAGUGGAGGAUGAGCCCGUGAGGGACGCGCAUGGACGGUGUCAGAGAGUCGUGGCAGGAGAGACGGGGCUUCUCAUCUCUCCAGUUACCCCCAUGUCACCCUUCCUGGGGUAUGUGGGCAGCCGAGAGCUCUCUGAGAAGAAGCUGCUAAGGGAUGUUUUCCGGGCCGGCGACUGCUUCUUCAAUACAGGAGACCUGAUGAUGCAGGAUGAGUUGGGCUUCGUGUACUUCCGGGACCGCACUGGAGACACCUUCAGAUGGAAGGGAGAGAACGUGGCAACCACCGAGGUGUCGGAGAUCCUGAGUGGGCUGUAUUUCCUCCAGGAGGUCAAUGUGUUUGGUGUCACGGUCCCAGGACACGAGGGCCGGGCUGGCAUGGCAGCUGUCACUCUGCGCCCCGGCCACAGGCUGGACCUGGAGAGACUUUACACCCACGUAGUGGAGUCUAUUCCCUCGUACGCCCGUCCACGGUUCAUACGAUUGAUGGAGGCGAUGGAGUGCACGGGGACUUUUAAACAGCAGAAGCUCCGCCUGGUCCAGGAUGGGUUCUCUCCCCUGCGCGUCCGGGAGCCGCUCUAUGUCCUGGACGAGAGCCGCCGCAGUUACCGGCCCCUCACAGAGGAUCUGUACCAUCGGAUCAUGGACUCGGAGUUCAGGGUUUAGCGGGCGGCAGUAGUGGGGGUAACCAUUCCAGCGGUUUCUAAUGGUUACGGCGCGGAAAAGCCCGGGAAUCUUUUUGUAAAUGUAGCUUUUGAUAAAAAUUGAACUCGCAGGAAACGGGACACAACGUUUUUGUAGACUUUUGUAUUUUACGGCAUUGGAUUUUCUUCGUAUUAUUUUAUAUUUUACUAUAAAAUGUUAACAGUCCGACAUUAAAGCGGAAUCGAUUAA